AUGGUUCGAACUCGAAAAGAAAAAAAGGCGGCGGAAGGGAUUAAGCUAUCUCAUCCCGAUCGAACCGCCGCUCCCAGCGAGGACACAUUACUAAAGCUUGCUCAGGACCGCAACCUCUUCGAGGAAGCUGAGAGGCAGAAGAGGAAGAAUGCGAAACAUCGUGAUUCCGAUGACGAGUCGGAUGAUGGGGACGACAUCUUGUCGUCUACAGCCGAUAGGGUAUUAGAAGCUAUUCUCUGGAGCAUUAGUUUGUCUAUGCUACAUUUCACUCUCGAUGUGCUCGUUCAGCAUCAAUAUGCGAUCUCCAUCAUAUGGCCUCAGAUCAUAAUUCGAUCAGUACAAGCAUCUAUUGUGUUCUUCUUGCUCAUCUAUGUACUUCAUCCACACGUCUCGGCUCCAUCUUUUGUACCUGGACUACCUGUGAGAUUUCAGUAUCCUCUACGGCAAAUACUCUUCCUCACUGCGAGUGUUACUUCCGGUUGCUAUUUAGUUCAUAUUUCGAAUAGGUAUAGCUAUCUCGCUGUUAUGAAACAAUCACCACCUUUAGGCUGUCUCUGGGUUUGGUCCGUCAUUGAACUUGACCUGCCAUAUGCCGUUCUCUCUUUAGCUUGUAUCGGCGGGUUCUUCUACCAGGGCGGGUAUACAAUAAAGCAACCGUAUUAA